AUGGCUGAAAUGUUAAAGGAGUGGUUAACCAAACGCUUAAAGCGACCUAUGAUUUGGAAAGCUGAGGAAUUUGGAGACAAAAUGAAAAACGGGUACAUUAUAUCUUGUGUUUUACAAAGCUAUCAUGUGAUAAAUGAUGAAAAACAUUAUCUUGUAAGGUCAAGUAACAUAGAUGUCGAUAUUAAAAACAAUUGGUUACUGCUGAAAGAAUGGUUGCGUGAUAUAGAAAUAAACUUAACAGAUGAUGAUAUGCAAAACAUUAUAAAAGGGAGUGGGUCAACAUUACUUCGUCUAUUUUAUCAACUCUUUCUUCAUUUAGACAAGCUGGAUCGUACUAAUUUUAUAAAACAAGAAAGAAAAAAAGUUUCGAGUUUAGUUGAUAAAAUGUCACAUAGAUUUACAGUACAUAGGGUAGAAGAGAAAACAGAAUCCUUUGUAGAUGAUUUGUCAAAACCUUUACUAGAUCAGAAAAAGUUUAUUGAAUGGCAGAGAAAAAAAGCGAAGGAGAUUCAGGAAACGUAUGACUACGUACGACACAAAUAUUCAAAAAUGUUAGCAAAGAUAGAUGAAUCUAAAACUCCGUUGCAACAUCCAGAAGGGGAGGUGUAUAAAAAGACUGUAAGAAAUAAAAAAGAAAUGGAACAAUUUUCAUUAAGAUAUCCCUGUGAAUUCAAAAAUUACACCUAUGAAGAUCUGCUUAAUUUAGAACAAAAAGCAAUAGAGAGGCAAAAAACACUCAUUGAUACUGAAUGGGCUAAAAAUUAUAUGGAUAACCUUUACGUUAAAAUGCACAAAAAGUCAGAUUCAGAAGAAUUUCAAAAACAAAUGAGAAAUGUUAUAAGUGCUUCAUUGUGGGAUGUUUCUAUCGUUGAAGAAGAAACUAAAUUGGAUACAGAACUAUCAAAGAAAGUGAUGAAAUUGUCGCAAUUUGAGAAACAAAUGUGUACUCAAAUUAUGGAAACUAAACAACAAGCUCGUAACUUAGUAAAUAAUAGAAUUCAGGGAGAAAGAGAGUUUUCUGAUCAAAGAAUGCAACAAUUUAACCUAUUUCUUGAUAAUGUAAAAGAAGAAGUCAAUUUAGGACUAGCUGAAAUUGACUUUGAAAAGAAAAGGCAGAAUAUGCUGCAUAAGAAAUUGUUUUCUGAAAAAGUAAAAAGAAAACGACAACAUUAUUAUGAAAUAUGUUACGAUACGGUUCUAGCAAUUAUUGAUUUUGCCACGAUCUAUGCUUAUUACAAGAGAUUAUUAAAUGACGAAAUACCUGAAUAUUUUAUCCGCGAAUGGAAAGCUCUGUACUACAAACAACAACCUAUAUUCGAUAUAUUUCAGCCAACAGAAAAUAUUAUAAGAGUUGACGAAGAGCCUUUACUUGGAGAAGAAGAAAUUAUUAGGUUGGAAUUAGAUAGGCAAGAGGCUUUGAAUGAUAGUGAAUUCUAUGAGUACCACAAUUAUUUACAACCUUGGACAUUGAAUUCAUUGAUUCCAAAUUACAAUCCUGAAGCUGAGGAAAGAAAAUAUGAAUAUUUAGGAUCUAAUGUAUUGGGACAUGUAGCGUAUACUCUCCUUGAAAUAAAAUACCCGUAUCCACCACAAAGACCGCCAGCUAAUUUACCUACUUUUUCUACAAAGGCUAUUGUGCGAGGUCUGCCUGAUAAAUCAAUUGUAAUUGCAUUGCAAAAACUACUAACUAACCAAAAAGUUCAUGUUGUGCGAAUUGAAUAUGCUAUUAAUUUUUGUCUCAGGAGAUUUAAAAUUGAAAUGGUAGGUUGCAAAGAUAUUGAAUUAUCAUUUGAGAAGUUUAUUGCCGCAACAAAUGAUGAACUGAAUAAAGAGUUAAUUAAAUCAAUAAAAACUGAAGACGAGAUACUUAGUAAAACUGAUGCAAUGUUACCUGUACAAGGUCCGUUACUUCCUAAUGCCAAACAGACUCAAACGCCGAAAACCAUUCCGGAAGAAGAUAUCACUCUGUCAAGUCCAGCGGAACUUGGUAAAUAUGCAUACGAAACUUUAAACUCUGGUGAAUCUCUUACAGACCAUUUAUUAUCUGCCAUGAUAGUGGAGUAUAUAAAAGAUCAAAACGAUAUUAAUGGAUUUGUAAUUAUAAAUUAUCCUAAUACUUACCGCGAAGCACAAAUACUAGAAGAAACAUUUUCGGGUCAGACUCCACCAGAUGUAGGGGACCUUGACGAUCGUGAUGAAGUUUAUCUUGAAGAGAGUAUUAUUAAGCAUAGAAAAAAAGAAAAGGAUCCAUAUAAAGAAGUACGAAUAUCUAAACUGGUGAAUGAUCCACAUAAAAAAAGAUUUAAUGUUCCUUUUACGAGUUAUUUUAGUUGCUAUCUAAAUCUUAAAGAAACUGAAGAUAUUUUACAAGAGUAUGUUAUAUGGUGUUUAACAGAAGACAAUUCAGAAAUAAUCGAUAGAAUUUACGCUGCUUUGGGAAUAAAUUAUAGUAUGUAUUAUGAAGUAAUAGAGAAAGAGCAACUGGUUUUAAUAUGCAAAUACAUACUAGGUGAUUAUGCGCUUUAUAUAAAAUCUGACGAUAAAUUAUUUGGAGAAAAUGUUUUGAGUUCUCUUGAUUUUCCCAACACUGAUGAUAAAAGAACGAAGUCAAAAAUUAUCAAACCUGAAACAUCCAGCGAAAAAUUUAAAGAAUACUUGAUUUGUAACUCAAAAUUAAGUAAGUCUUUAUCUUUUGUGAAUGAUGAAGUUGUAAGGGAUUAUGAUUUAGUUGAACUAGCCCAAAAUGUCGAUUCCAUAAUUAUUGAAAAAAUUGACUUGGAAGAAACAAAAAAGUCGCUAACCAGCACUAACGAAGUUCAUUGCUUAGCAGGGGAAGAAGAUUGGGUUUAUAGUGAAAUUCCAAUAUCUGAAAUAAUAGGAGUAGCAUUGGCAACGUGUUGGGAAGAAAUAGAAAAAACAUACAUUUACGAUAUGCAACAACUAUUUUUUGGAAUACGUGUACAAAUGAAUUGCGUUAUUCCAUAUACUAGAUUUGUUAAAGAUAAAAUGGAGCAGAUAAUCACGCUUCCAUCACAUAAACAAGAUUUAGUAAGCACUUUUCAAAAAGAAUACAACGAUUUUGAAAAUGAUUGGCGUGACGUUGCCGUUACUAAAAAUGAAUGGCACUGCAGAAUUAAGGAGUUGCAAAACCAACUUUACAGAAUAUGUGACCAAAGAAAGUUAGAUGCCGAAAAACAGAGAUAUUCUCUUAUUUCUGAAAACUGGACAAUGGAGGAAUUGACUACUAUGGUCAACACAUAUAUUUCUUGUAUGCAGACUGAAUUAAAUAGAGCUAUAUUGACAUAUCAAACGUUGCACGACUUUUAUUUUGCAAUGAUAAAGCGAACACCGUCUCAAGACAGACUAUCUUCUAAAGAGUUAACUAAAAUAUUGAGGGAAACCGAUGAAACAUCUGGAAGUAAAAAGGGAGGAGAGGAUAAAGUAUUUCGACAAUUGAAAAAUGCCUAUCUAGAUCUACAGUUGAGAAAUGUUGCAAUUGAUCACACCAAUAAUCCUUUAAUUGCGAUCAUAGAAAAUAAUGUAAAAUUUGCUCUUAAAGUUAUUAAGGACGUCAAUGAUUCAUACAGAUCACUUAUAAGUCGUGAAUAUAGUGAAAUAGCCAAAAUAUUAGUGCAGACAAAAAAGAAAGAAGAAAAUAUUAAUGAAGAGUCAAGUAAUGCUGAAGAAAAUUUUAAAAAUAACGCUUUAAAAUGUAUAGAAGAAUGGACUAUGGGAAUAAAUGGCGAAAUGUUUAGAGCUAACUUACGUAUACUUUGUUUGCAGUACAAAUGUUAUCGGGAUAUGAAAUUAUUUAAUGACACUAUAUACAAAGCUUUCAUGGACGUGCAAAAUCACAUAGAUGGCUAUUAUCUUAAUGAGAUUAAAUCUGUAGAUCGUCUUUGUAAAUAUUUGCAAAUGGCUGUGGAAGAUGGUAAAAGUAUUCCAGAGAAUCUCGUACUUGAACAGGAUACAUUUAUUAUAGACCCUAAUGUAUUGCAUUUCUCUGCAUCAGAACACGAACGUGAUGGAAAAGUUGUAAAAGAAGUCGCAUCUGGAAUAGAAUUCAAAGUCGGACAGCUAGCCAGAUUGCGAUCACAGUUUAAAAUUGUAGCGCCUACAGGCGUGAUUUUGCAACAAGCGUUCAUUUUUUUAUUACAAGAUUUCUUAUAUUUUAGUAAAGAAUCAUGCGAUGGUUCAUUGUUCCCUGAUGAAUGGACACGUAUGGACCUGGAACAAAUUCCCAAGUUAGUGUUUUUGUUGUUCGGUGAUACUGCUUACAUUCACUGGAGUGAUUUUCUUAUUUAUUGUCUCAAUUUAGGAUUUCCAACGGUUGAUGAAUUAUUGAUGCUCCGUAAAAAGUUUCGUUGUCAUGAUCCAGAUUCUACAGAACUAAUUUAUAGGGAAGACUUUAUUAAAGAAACACUUUGGUUUGAAGAGAAUUUCGAUCCAAAAGAUAAAAAUGCUCAGUUAAGAAAAUCCUUGAUAAAACAUUUCUUAUUUGAAUUGUUUGAAAUAGCUGAAAACACUAUGAACUAUUCCGCCUUUUUGCUGGCUUUCUGUAAGAGUCCUAAUCCUAUUGAAGGCUUUGCCACAGCAUUGGCGAUGGCUGGUGGCAACAAAAUAUGCUUCGAUUUCGAAGAAUGUAAUGAAGUGGUAUGUAAAUUAAUAAGAGAUAAAAAAUACAGAGACGAAUGCUUGGCUUGUGCACACAAAUGCACAUCACAAUUCUUGGACAAGAUAUUAACAAAUGUUAUAAACAUUUGCGAGGGGACUACUAUUUAUGAGUUAGAAUACACGGAACCCCCACCCGAUUCAGAUAGAAAGGGGAGAAAGAGCAAAGUAACGAAAGCCAAAAAAAAUGAUAGUUCCUUAAGUGCACGAUUACCCACACAAAAUACUCGAAGAAGUGUUAUGGAUCGUAGUAAAACACAAUCUGCUAUAGACGUGAAAAAUACUAUCUUUUUAUGCAGUCCAUGUGCGGACGAUACUGAAGUUGUUGAAGAUAAAUCCCCGGAGACUGUAGAACCGGAGGAAGAAUCCAUAAUUGUACCACAAGAAGAUCCUAAUUUAACUUAUGCUGUUAGACAAUCUGUAAUAUGGAAUGUACUUAACAUUUGUUUGCCGUGGUAUUUCUCGUUGACUCCUGAAGAAAAAGCUACACCUUAUAAAAGCCAGGUGGAGGAAGUUAUAAAGCUACUCGAAGUUAAUACCGAUAAUAAAGAUAUAUACGUGUGCCAAUUUGUAUCUGAACCGAAUAUAUGUAAAAUUUUGCACAAAUCGAAGAAGUUUGUGGCAUUAAAUUUAGCGGAAGAGAUACAGAACGUUUAUAAAUGA